UCCUAUGCCCUGGUUCAAAUGAGGCAGGUUUUUCUGGCUGCUUCUCUAAGCUCAACCCGUACUCCAUAGGCCGCUGAGCCCCAACGGCCUGUUCCCACAUCGCGCUCGCGCUUGUGCGUUUGCGAACUGCCUCGCUAUCUUCGCUGUCUCCCUUGCAGGAAUUUCAUAGCAAGCACACAAGACAAUGGGUAUCAUAAGGAGUUGCUUCUCCUUCAUAGCAGGGACAGUCUGUGGUGUUUAUGUGGCACAGAACUAUAAAGUGCCUAACGUGGCAAAGCUAGCCGACACUGCCUUGUUCAUGGCCAAGGUUGUUGAAGAAACAUACCGCAAACCCAGCAAGAAGGCUGAUGAUGAUGAAUAGUGUGAUUAAAUGAAGCAAUAUUAUAUUGGAAACAGGUUUAUCUAUUACAUAGUCUUAAUUCUUUUUCCUGGAUUAUAUGGGAUUGAAUAACUUUCCAACAGAAACUCUUGGGAAACAAAUUUUGUGAAGAGGUUUAGCAUUUAUAGCAUUUGUGCCGUUUAACGGAAGCAUUCUGGUUGCCCUUUCUGAUUUUUGGUCAUUAUAAUAGGACUUUAUAGUCAUCUAAGUUUUCUGCCCACAAUAACAAACAUUGUUUUAAAAUUUUAUCCCAUAGUGGGAUGAUAGCUUUAUUCGGAUUAGAGUAAAUAGACAAAAAUACUCAUGAAAAAGUAUAGAAGGAACAAAAGAACACCUCAAACAUUAGAAAUAAUCUGAUGCAUUCUGUAGAUUGGUUUCGCAAGUCAAACUGUCCUUCCAAUUGUAUAUUAAUAGAUUUGAAAAGAAAAGCAAACUGGAAAUGGUUUCUUGAGCUCUUGCAUCAUGAUUUGGGGAUUACAAGGUGCAUGGCUGCAACUUUAUGUCAGACGAGUAGAAGGGUUAGAUAAGGGAAUGAUAGUUUUGACUUGUCAAAACAAUCUUUGGAGUGUAUCAGGCUAUUUUGGAGUGUAUCUGGCUGAUGUUGAGGGUUUCGAGGCUGACGAGGUUUUCAAGGUCGUCGGGGAGGGAGCAGAGGCAGUUGAGGCCGUUGUCAAGGACCUUGAGAGAGGUGAGGUGUGAGGUGGAGUGUAAGGAAGAGGAGCUUGUUGGAGUUCACUUAAAGCUUCUUCAGCUUUCUCAGUUCCAAACCAAUGCUUUCUGGAAGUUGCAUCAGUUUAUUGAAGUUGGCGUUCAGUUCCUCCAAUGAUCUGCAAUUGUAAAUGGUUUUGGGAAGGUAUUCAAUGAGGUUUCUGGCGACAUUCAAGACCUUAAGCUUAUAGAGGCAGCCAAUGGAGUUCGGUAGGCUUCUAAGCUGGUUCGAGUGCACGUCUAGCACCACCACUGCAACAUAGGAUUUUUCCGUCAAGUUUAGUCAAGGAAUAUGAUGGAGGGGCCGCGAUGGCUCACUUUUGAGAGGGACAAAGGCGUAGGUGUAUUUUUUAACAGGAGUUGCCUUGUCCUAAUUUGGAAUGGAUAGGGACCGAGUUGGGUGUUCACUCGCUAUUUUAAAAUCCUUUGGGUGUAUUUUUAUCCUCUCUAUACUCUUUCAUGUGUAUUUUUGUCCAUAAGUUAUGGAAAGCAGUGGUUUAGAUA